AUGUCCAGUUCUAUUGCAGUGGCCGGAGCGGUGAUGGGUGCUGUCCUCGCCCUCUUCCUCAUAACCGUUUUCAUCAUAGUCAUCAUCACUGCACGCAAAGCCCCUCCACCAUCUUUCUCAGAUAAAGUGAUUGACCUGCCUCCCACCCACAAGCCCCCUCCACCUUACUCUGAGCGUGCGCCCGCUGUCCCUCUGGGGGUCCACGCAUCUCAGGUGGCAUGGCUGUGUCAGGCUCGUCGGGCAGAGCACAGGUACGAGCAGACGGAGACCGCUUCCUCCAGGUGCAGACAGGGGAAGCAGCCCAGCCCCACCCAGCCCCCGUCCCGCCUGGAGUGGGUGUGUCACCAGAGUGGGACUGAGCGAGUCUUCAUCAACCACCGUGAACACUAUGUAUAA